UGGUGCAAGAGAACUGAUACUCUACUGGCAAGGGUCUAUUAGCUCAUCAUCCAAAGCCAUGCUGCCUCAACUGUGAUGGAGAUCAUGUAUGGAAUUGUCCAAAAAAGCCUAUCAAACUCCUUAGUAAAAACAAGGCAAAUACUGAUUCUUUACAUUUCCAUAAAAUAGAAAAUUUAGUGUUGUCUUAGAAGUGAGAACCCUGGAAUUGGGACUGAUGAACAGGGUCCAAAAGGUUCAAACUCUUCUAACUCUGUUUCGUGUCUUAAUACAACUGAUUAAAUCCAUGGAUACAAACAAUGUAAGCAGAUAAACCAUCUUUUAAGAUUGAUAUUGCAAGAUCUUUUGUCGAUUUCGUUAAUAGACAAAAGUCGGUCUCUAUUCUCAGAUGUAGAUUUAGCUACUCGACAAAGGUCAUCUGGGUAAUUGCACACUCCCAACACUUUGCUUAUAUUCGAUGCCUCACUCUUACGCACCCUCCAAAAGAGCAAAAGGCAGAGACUUGUCAAAGAAAAAGGAGCGAAGAAGCAGUCAAGCAGUCUCCCUGAUAAAACCGCCAUACUGAACUCCUUUUCAUUUUUACUCCUCGCAAAGUUCCCUCCUUUGCAGUUUCACCUCCUGUGUUUCUUUAUGGAAGAAGAUGAGAAUGAGAAUGGGAAUCCUUGGGAGUAUUUGAAAUCGAUUGAAAUUGUUACCAUGGUUUCUUCUUCGAAAACAAUUUCUAAUCUUUCUUUUCUCUCCUCAAAUGAUCCUCUUCUCUCCUGCGUUAUCACUCUUUACAUUUUGAUUCUUCUUUAUUUCCCUCAAAGCUUUUCUCUCAAAAUCCUUUUCUCUCCUGUCCUCGUUUUAACUGCUUCUCUCUUGCUUUCCCUUCUUCGUCUGGGCGCCAUCCAAAGAACCCAAUCCGAAACCAGAGAAAAAAGAAGCCUUGCUGAUGCUGAAGCAGAAAAAACAGAUUUUUCACAACAAGAGCUCAAAUGGUCCACAUGCAAAAAGGACCCAGAGCUUGUAAUGCAGAGUUUCGAAGAAACGUUCGUUGAAUGGGACGUAAGAGCUCCGCUAGAGGUUAUAUAUGAAGGACAUGAAGGAGAAGAAGAGGAUCCCAAUGAGAACGUCUCCAAUCCGACCCGGGUUAUCGAGAGGUACCCUUCCUUGUCGCUUUACUACCCGGAGUCCGACUCGGAUAGCUCGUCGUCGGAAACGGACUAUCUGGCGAUCGGAGAAUGGGUUUCGUCGGAGAAGAUAUGUUACAGAUGGGAAGAGGAAGACAGAGAAGGUUUGAUUGAGAUAGUUCUGGAUAAGAGAGACCUGGAUUUUCAUGGAGAAGAAGAGAACUUGAUAGAGAUUGACAUUUCUUCUGUUAAGGAUUAGAUUCAGCUAAUGCUGCAUUAAUCAAAUUAAUCAAAGGUUAAAGUAAAAAGUGUAUAGAGAGAGAGAGAGUUGAGGUUUUCGGGGUUCGGAAUCGGAUGUUGGAUUGUUUUGUAGAAGGAUUACCGUUUGUAUUAUAUCCAUGUUUAAACUUAAAGUA